AUGGCGCCGUCGCAGCUCAAGCAGCUCAAAGCGUCGCUGCAUGAGAGUGGCGUCCUUGGGCCUCAGAAAUCCAAGAAACAGCGCAAGCUGACCUCCAAAGAUGCGCAGAAGCGGGCACAGCGCAAUGCCGCCCUCGAGGGCAUUCGAGAACGGUUCAAUCCCUUCGAGGUCAAGGCACCUGCCCGAAAAGCGAAGUAUGAAUUUGUCAAUGGGAAAAAUACCAAACCCGCACUUGGUCGCCCCGGCGUCACGCGUGGCUUGGGUGAAGAGCGGCGGCGCGAGACGUUGCUGAAAGAAAUACAAAGCCGCAACAAGGUGGGCGGGCUGCUUGAUCGACGGUUUGGAGAGAAUGACCCUACCAUGACGCCCGAGCAACGGGCGGCCGAGCGCUUUGCACGUCAGAACGAGCGCAAGAUGAAGAAGAGUUCCAUGUUCAACCUUGAGGAUGACAGCGAGGAGGAGAUGACGCUCACGCAUGGUGGACGAUCACUCGACUUCGGGGAUGUUGCCGAGGAUGACUUUGACGAAGAUGAUGUGACAGGCUCGGAUAACGCAGACGGGGAUUUCGACCAUGGUGACAGGCCCCGGAAGAGACUGCGCCUCGCCGAAACCCAAGACGUCGACCCCGAAGAGGAAGACGACGACGACGAUGAAGAUCUACCCCAGAGGAAGAAGACGAAGAACGAGGUGAUGAAAGAGAUUAUUGCAAAGUCAAAAAUGUACAAAGCCGAGCGUCAAGCUGCAAAGGCAGACGACGAUGAUCUCCGAGCGGAACUUGACAAAGGCAUGGCCGAGUUUUACGAAGCUCUUCGAGAGCAGAAGGCGCCAGAGAAAAAAUCUCUACCACCAUCAACUUCGAACGCCGAGCCACACAUGGAUCCUUCUCGGGCUGCAAUGUUGGCAGGUAAGAGCAGGGAAGAGGCGGAAAAAGAGUACGAGUCCAAUCUUCGACAAUUGAAAUUGGAGGCUCGCUCGAAACCGAGUGUACGGACCAAACCUGAUGAAGAGAGAGCUGCGGAGGAGGCUGCAAGACUUGAAGAGCUCGAGCGCAAGAGGGUUCGCAGGAUGAAGGGCGAGGCAGAAAGUUCGGAGGACGAAGACGAAGACGAAGAGGAGCAGGGGCCGGAUGACGAUGACGAUGUCGACGACGCGGAAGCAUUCGGUCUGUCUGCUCCCGAGUUCGACAGUGUCCCGCGGAAAGAGCUUGACGUUGAGGACGAAGACGAAUUCCUUCUUGAUGACGACCUGAUUGCUUCGGACUCAGAGCCCGAGAUGGCAAGUGAACAAGGACCCGAGGAAUCCGAGUCCGACAGCGAGGUUGAGGACGACGGUGAUGACGACUUUAUCAACGGGCUAGUCUUGCCACGAGAGACACAGAGCACACCAAAGACAGUUUUAAAGACUCCAGUCAGCAACAACCUGGCUUACACUUUUCCGUGCCCCCAGACACAUGAAGCAUUCUUGGAGGUGGUUAAGGACUCUGAAAUUUCCGACUUGCCCACGAUCGUGCAGAGAAUACGCGCACUCUACCACAAAGGUCUCGCUGAAGGCAAUCAAGAGAAGCUUGAUGCCUUCGCUGGCGUACUGACCCGGCAUGUUGCGUUUCUCGGGGACACAGACAGCGAUGUUCCGUUUUCGGUUGUUGAGAGCCUUCUUCGACACUUGCAUUCAAUGGCAAAGUCGUCGCCAGAAGCCGUUGGCGCUGCCUUCCGCAGACAUCUCCAAGAGAUUGCUGACGAAAGACCGCUCCAGCUGUCUCCUGGGGAUCUUAUCAUUCUGACGGGUGUAUCGACCAUCUUCCCGACCUCAGAUCAUUUCCACUCGGUAGUCACGCCUGCCACUCUCACCAUUGGACGGUUUCUCGGGCAAAGCUCGAUACAAUCUCUGCGGGAUCUCAGUACAGGAGCUUACUGCUGUUCGCUUGCCCUUCGAUACCAGUGGCUCGCAAAAAGAUAUGUGCCGGAAGUGGUCACUUACAUUACCAAUGCUCUAGCCAUCCUUUCACCGACACCGCUGCCAGAGCAAGACAAAGAUGGCAAUUCGUUGACGGUUCCCAUCAGGUUGCCUACAACACCAUUGCGGGUGAAAUCGACGUCUGAAACAGUGUCAGAGAAGCUAUCAUUCAAAGAUUGCAUCUUGGAUCGAAAUGACGAGAACGGGCCUUCACAAAACGCCACCCUGCUGAGCGUCUUUAUUCGCCUGACAACGCAAGCCGCCUCGCUUUGGAGCCUCAAGUCAUCAUUCCCUGAACUCAUCCAGCCUUUCAUCCAUGUUCUCAGGCACUUGUCGCAUCAGCGCGAAAUGCUCCCGCCACAAAUUCACGCGCUAAACAACAUCAACCUCUCAACCCUAGUCACGCUGCAGUCCGACUCGGUGAAAUCACGCCUCCCCCUUCUCUUACACAACCACCGUCCACUUGCUAUAAAAACUUCUCUGCCUUCAUUCAUCGAGAAUUAUAACCCUGACCGACACUAUGAUCCAGAUCGGCAACGUGCUGAGCUUUCCAAAUUGAAAGCCGAGCAUAAGAAGGAGAGGAAGGGCGCCAUGAGAGAACUGCGGAAGGAUGCCAACUUCAUUGCGAGACAACAGUUGCAGGAGAAGAAGAGAAGAGAUGAAGAAUAUGAAAAGAAAUACAAGAGACUGGUGGCAGAGAUUCAGGGUGAGGAAGGGCACGAGGCAAAGGCUUAUGAGAGAGAGAGGAGGAAGAGAAAGGGCAAAUUCUAG